AUGUCGUCGCAGCCGCCGGGCAUUUCCUCCCUUUGCCGCAAAUAUAUCCUUCCCUUGUUCCUGGUGAUCAAUGUGGUGCUCGUAAACAGCGGCGGGUUUGCGGCGGCUAAAUCGAUUCUACCAGGCUAUGCCCAUGGCCAAAGUGUGCCGGUUAAAUGUGCACGGGCUGGGUUGGGCCAGAUUUGGGGGUAUUCGUUUAGACUAAUUCGUUAUUGUAGAGAGACUGGCGAACAUAUCACCGACCCGGCCGGAAAACUCCAAUACAUCCCCUUCCCAACAUGCAACGAAACCUCCGCCCCGCUUUCUUUCCGCUACGGCAUCUCCGAAACAAUAACCUGCACCAUCCACUCUCUCUCCGACACCCUCUACCACCUACUUGAAUACUACGUCCACUCUGACGUUCCAUUAACAUGUCGCAUACCUACCUUCCCGCUCCUCACCUCCUCUGCUAGUAGUAGCAGCAGCAGCAGCAGCCAUGAGAAUGACCGCGACGGUGACAGCAGCGGCGAAGAAACACAUGACGGCUCUACGACUAAUGACAUAUCCUCAUCAGCUUCGCAACCGCCCUUUACACCCCUGACAAUCGCGCUGCAGGGGACCCUGCAGCUGUCCCAUCUCCAUAUAUGGACAGACAUGAAUGUGCUCAUGCACCAGUCUGCGCGAUUAUCCACUAACCCUGAGUCCUACUCGAAAAAAUGGAAGAAGUCGAAGAAGGAUAAAAAGAAGGGGAAGAAAAGCGAUCAUAAUAUGAAGAACAAUAACAAGGAGAUGAAUAAAUUGACGCUCCCGCAGGGACAGAUUGUGGCCGCAUCGGCAUACUCGGUGCCGAUGGUUAUAUCCGCUACUGCUGAUGACAAUUUCAAUGACAAUGACGGCGACCCCGGCAACAACGAAGCGGCGGCAUUGAAGAAACGCAAGAAGGAGAGGGAGAUGUUGAUGCGGCCCUGGGCAGCGGAGGGGGGCGCGAAGGUCAUCCGCGGCGAGCCGCUUGUGUUCACGUUUCGGGUUGGGUGGGUUUCCAGCGGCGAUGUGCUUGGGCUAGUUCAGUCGGACAAGGCAAAGUGGAAGUCGAAGAAAGUGUUUGGAUAUGGGCCCCGUGUUGGGCUGUUUUUCCGGUUGAUGACUAUUUGCUUUUGGGUCGGGGUUGGGAUGGGGUUGGCUGUGGUUGUGGAGAGGGUGAGGCAUAGAAGGAGGGUGGUGGGUGUUUAUAAGGGGGAUGGGAUUUUGGGACACAGGCCAUUUUUUAGUGGGUUUGGUGCUGGCAUCGGCGGGACCGGGGUAAUGAGUUUUGGAGGGGAUAAGGGUAGGAUUAAUGGGUAUGGACUAGGGUUGAACGGGAAUGGGAAUGGAGGUGGCUAUGGGGGGUAUGGAGGGUAUUCCGUCGGGAAGAAAGAUUGA